AUGAAUAUGGCCUUUUCUUCCGAGAAGUACAAAUCCCUUUUCCCCCUCCUCCUCCUCGUCUACGUCCCACUCACCUGUCUAUGCCAGUCAAACAACACCACCACAGUCAGUCCCACAAACACUACAACUCCUUCCUCAAAUGUUACAUCACAGAAGCCUGUGUCAGGCUGCGGGGCAGGACUGGACCCUGUCUACAGGUAUCUGUGUGAUCGGCGAGCAGCAUGGGGCAUUGUCCUGGAGACCCUGGCCUCCUCAGGCUUCCUGUUCAGCAUGAUUCUCCUAGUAGGCCUGCUGCUCUGGUCCCUAUGGAUCUCAUGUGUCUCAACACGACACCAUCGCAGCAGCAUCGGAGGCACGGUGGCCUGUAUGUUCAUGUUCCUGUUGGCCACAGGUGGGAUCUUCGCCAUCACCUUCUCCUUCAUCAUCCGUUCAACUCCUCAAACCUGCCCCACCAGGAUCUUCCUCUUCAGCGUGUUCUUCUCCCUGGCCUUCUCCUGCCUGCUGGCUCGCAGUCUGGCUCUGCUGGGCUUCGCAGCAGCCCGGGGUUGGGGGGAACCGGCCGUGGCCCUGGGCCUCUUCACCGUGCAGGUUAUCAUCUCUACAGAGUGGCUGAUCCUGGUUCUGGUCAGGGAUAAGGAAACUUGCGAGUACAGCCAGGACGAGUUUGUCAUGCUGCAGAUCUACGUGAUGUGCCUCUUGGCUAUUAGCUUGAUCCUCUCCCUGCACUUGCUGUGUCGCUCCUGCUUCACGUACAGCUACAACUACACAGGGCGUGCCCGGCAGCAUGGCCGCACUCAGGCCACGCUGCUCUGCCUCACGCUGCUGCUCUCCAGCUGCAUCUGGGUAGUGUGGAUCGCAAUGCUCACCAAGGGAAACCCUGACUUAGAACAUCGGCCAAAAUGGGACGACCCGGUGAUCAGCAUCGCCUUGGUGGUCAAUGGCUGGGUCUUGCUGAUGGGGCACGGGUUAAGUCAGGUGGCGUAUCUCUGCAGGGGGGAGGCCAGGUCCAAGGAUGUCCCCCUGAGCUUCGCAGGCUGGACCAGCCCCAGCGCUGAUAUCCCAGGACUGGGCAGCCAGAAGGAGGGAAAAGAAAACGGAAGCUUUGAGAAUGAUGGCGAUAAUAGGAGAGGCAGGGGGACUGAGACGACUCUGCGAUCACCCUAUGAGUCUGGAUUCUCCAUGACAGAAAUCGACCCUGACAAAGAUUACAGCAUUCCUCGUCCUCAGACCACCAACUACAGGGAACCCUAUGAUGAAUAUUAUGGACAGAAUUAA